AGAGAGAGAGAGAGAGAGAGAGACAGAGUGAGAGAGAGAGCGAGAGAGACAGAGGGAGAGUGAGAGAGAGAGAGAGAGACCGCCCUCACUGCGUAAUGGUUGUGUCACACCCGUACACAUCACGUAAACAAAAGCACAUUGUCGGUGUCCCUGGAAUCGAGUUCGGGUUUUACAGCAAGCUUGGAAGACGUGUUGCACUGCAGCCAUCGCGUCACCCGCAUUUGAGACCAUCAAGUGGACUUCAUGAUCUCGCUGUACAGCAAAAGAUUUACAGCCGCUUUGGAUUACAUAGCGCCAGCCAAGGUUAAUGUUUAAGUGACCAUGCCAUGUGUCCAGACACACUGCAGCUCCUCUCCUUCAGGAGCCAGCUCGGCGUCUCAGAGCGCAGUCGGUGAGCAGAGUUGUGAUUUCCUCACUCCAGAGUUCGUCAAGUUCAGCAUGGACCUUGCAAACAGUGAAAUAUCAGCUUCACCGUCGGGCGGAGAAGCCUACAGUUGUGGCAACGACGUGAAACCCCAGCAGUGUCUCUUCCAAAUGCCGCUUCACGGGGACAUGUCAUGCGUCAAGAUGGGGGAGGCGCGUGGUUGCCCAGCACGAUUUCAGCCCAGUCAGCACCUGCAGGCGGCUGAUCUACUGUCCUCCACAAGUUCCGUUUACUAUUACCAAUCUGCAUCCUCGCGCGCACCCAUGAUGCCUAACUUUCAAACUCCACCAAUGUGGGAAGACUCUGGUUCUCUUAUUCGUCAAGACUAUUUGGUGGCAGCACAGAGGAAAAAUACCUUUUCCAGAUUCUCACUGUUUUCCAUCAAACAUGCACAAGAAUUCAAUCAGAACUUUUCCACUGGCAGUCCAAUGAAAUUUGAUCAACCUUUCCUCAUGUCCACCGACGUGGAUCAAGCACAGGACUCUUCCGGUCUUCUUUGCUGUGCUGGAUUAGGAAAGCAGUCAUGUUUGGGGUUUCACCCAGUGCAGCUCGCCCACAGUCAGCAUUUAAGGAACAACUUCAAUCCUCACACAUCCACCCCCAGCCGAGGACGACCAAACGUGGAGGGACUGUGUGCGGUGUGCGGAGACAACGCAGCCUGCCAGCACUACGGAGUGCGAACUUGUGAGGGAUGUAAAGGAUUCUUCAAGCGCACAGUGCAGAAAAAUGCCAAGUAUGUGUGUUUGGCGGCCAAGAUUUGCCCCGUAGACAAACGGCGUAGGAAUCGCUGCCAAUACUGUCGCUUCCAGAAAUGCCUUGCCGUCGGAAUGGUCAGAGAAGUGGUGCGGACAGACAGUCUAAAAGGUCGCAGGGGUCGCCUUCCCUCUAAACAUAAAGUUCUUCCCGACUCAUCCUCACCGGUCAACACGCUGCUGAGCUCCCUCAUCAGAGCGCAUGUGGAGUCCAACCCUUCACCCUCACAGUUUGAUUACUGCAAAUUCAAAGAAAGUCCAGAAAGCCCUCCAGGAGAUGAUGCUCAGCACGUGCUUCAGUUUUACGACCUCUUGACCAGAUCAAUGGAAGUGAUUCAGACAUGGGCACUGAAGAUACCGGGAUUUGACUCUCUGACCAAGCAUGACCAAGACCUCCUGUUCUACUCGUCAUUCCUGGAGCUCUUUGUUUUACGUCUGUCGUACAGAUCUAACCCUGAUGAAGGCAAAUUGAUAUUCUGUGACGGCUCCGUGUGGCACCGCCUCCAAUGUUUGCGGGGAUUUGGCGAGUGGAUUGACAGCAUUGUUGAGUUCUCCACCAAUCUACACAGAAUGAGUCUGGACAUCGCCACCUUCUCCUGCAUAUGUGCCCUUGCUCUGGUCACUGAGCGACACGGACUGAAGGAACCGAGGAAGGUGCAGGACCUGCAAAGUAGCGUUGUCAAAUGUUUAAAGGAUGGCAGCUUGUACACAGAGAGAGACUCCAACCAUUUGUACAGACUGGUGGAGAAGCUUCCUGAACUUCGCACUCUGUGCAUUCAGGGCCUGCAGAGGAUUUUUUAUUUAAAGUUGGAGGAUCUGGUGCCGCCACCCGCAACAAUAGAUAAGUUAUUCCUCGACACGUUGCCCUUCUGAAGACACCAGAGGAUGCAUUCAAGGACGUUGUCCGAAGGUGAUGCUGUGAAGUUUGAGGAUUUAUUUAAGAUUUGAGCACAAAACCGCCCCCCUCCUUUUUGAAUCGUAUUUAACUCUUGAUGUCAAAUGUGAAUUUUGAUGUGAUUUUUAUGCAGCUUCUUCCUUUAUUUUCUGUAAUAGGAAGGCUGGAUUUGUGAAGUCACAACUGACGUGUAAACAUAAAUGUGGAUUUUCUGUUAAGUGUCCUCUGGAGGAUUUGUUUAUAUUUGUAAUUGUCUUGUCAUGUUUUAUUGAAUAAAUAACCCUUUGGGA